AUGGAACAUCAACUAAUGAGCAGUUGUGCAAUGGAUAGUUGUUUUUUCAAUGAUAUCCUCGAUCAUACUCAUGGAAGUAAUCAUACGAAUAGUACUUCCAACCAAACCGAACAAGGUAUGCCCGAAUUACCACACUCACAGAAUUAUAUCAAUUUCGGCACCAAAAACAUUCCCGCGGCAGAAAAAAAUACUGCUGAGGGAACAGAUGAAUCUGAUGACAACAAACCCAAAAAACGCCAACAUGGGAAUAGAGAGUCGGUUCGUAAGUAUCGGGAGAGAAAGAAAGCCCGGCAAGCUUCAAUAGAGGAUGAGCUUAACAGAAUGAGGAUCGUAAAUCAGCAGUUGUUAAAAAGGAUGCAGGGACUAGUUUCUCUUGAGCAAGAGGUAGCAAGGUUCAAGUGUCUACUUGUAGACAUUAGGGGAAGGAUUAAAGGAGAAGUUGGAUCAUUUCCUUAUAAAACUCCCACAAACGGGAUUGGUGUCAUUCCUCAAAAUAUGUCCCGGCCGUCUACCUCAGCUGGAGCUUGUGAGGUGAAUCAUUGUGACCACCAAUGCCUUGGAUUGGAUAACAAUUCAGGAUUCAAGCCAUCUCUGGAGUUUGGACAAGCAAAUGUGAGGUUGGAGACUAAUUUUAGUACUUCCACUGCUGCCAAGAAGCGAAAAGGAAAGAGCUUAAACAGAUGCUUGAAUCAUGUAUAG